UUUUUUUUUUUUUUUUUUUUUUUUCCCUCCUUGCUUUUUUCCCCGUCUCUUUUUGUUCUGCUUUUGCUUGUUGCCAUGAGUCACUACAACUUCAAGCGCAUCCAGGUGGUGCCGAGUUCGAAGGACUUUGUUGACAUUAUUCUGUCGCGCACGCAGCGCAAGACGCCGACCGUCAUCCACAAGGGCUACAAGAUUUCCCGCAUUCGCAACUUUUACAUUCGCAAAGUCAAGUUCACGCAGCAGAACUACCACGACAAGCUCUCCCAGAUCAUCACCGACUUUCCCAAGCUCGAUGACAUCCAUCCCUUCUACGCCGAUCUCAUGAACGUGCUGUACGACAAGGACCACUACAAGCUCGCUUUGGGCCAAAUCAACAUGGCGCGCAACAUUAUCGACAACGUCGCCAAGGACUACGCCCGCCUGCUCAAGUACGGCGAUUCGCUCUACCGUUGCAAGCAGCUCAAGCGUGCUGCGCUUGGUCGCAUGUGCACCAUGAUGGUGCGUCAGAAUGCCAGUCUGCAGUACCUCGAGCAGGUGCGCCAGCAUCUUGCCCGUCUGCCGUCCAUCGACCCCAACACGCGCACCAUCAUCCUGUGCGGCUUCCCCAACGUGGGCAAGUCGUCCUUCAUGAACCAGGUGACGCGCGCCGACGUCGAGGUCCAGCCAUACGCUUUCACCACCAAGUCGCUGUUUGUCGGUCACACCGAGUACAACUAUCUCCGCUGGCAAGUCAUCGACACGCCCGGAAUUCUCGAUCACCCCCUCGAGGAGCGUAACACGAUCGAAAUGCAGUCCAUCACGGCCCUGGCUCACCUCCGCGCCGCCGUCCUCUACGUGCUCGAUCUGUCCGAGCAGUGCGGUCACUCGAUCGCCGAGCAAGUUUCCCUGUUCAACAGCAUCCGACCGCUCUUUGCCAACAAGCCAAUCAUCCUUGGCCUGAACAAGAUUGAUGUCAUCACGGUCGACAAGCUCCACCCCGACAAGCGUGCCCUCAUCAACGCCAUCGAGGAGGAGGGUAUCAUUACCCUUCCCAUGAGCACACUCACUGCCGAGAAUGUUGCCCAAGUCAAGAACACUGCUUGCGACAAGCUCUUGGCACACCGUGUCGAGGCCACCAUCUCAUCUCGCAAGGUUAACGACGUUGUCAACCGUCUUCACUUGGCCAUGCCCACCGAGCGCGAUGAUAUUGAGCGCCCUGCAGUCAUCCCUGCACCUGCUGCUUCGGCUGAUCCUGACGCUCCCCGUCGCCGUACGCUCAAGGACAUUCAACAAGAGCUUGGCGCGGACUACAACACCGAUUUCAACUCUGAAUGGACGCUUGCCAAUCCUGACUGGCAGUAUGAUAAGAUUCCUGAAAUUAUGGACGGCAAGAACAUUGCCGACUUUAUCGACCCCAAUAUCAUGGAAAAGCUCGAGGCGCUCGAGCUCGAGGAGGAAUUCCGAGAGGCGCGCGGCGACUACAAGUCCGACGACGAAGAGGAGGACGAAGAUAUGGAGGCCAUCCGCGAGACUGCUCGUCGCAUCCGCGCAAAGAAGGCUCUCCUGAUCAACGAGAGCCGGCUGAAGAAGGGCCGCAACCGCUCUGUCAUUACUCAAAAGACCAAGGCCAAGACUCGCUCCAUGUUCAGCGACCAUAUGGCGUCGAUGGGCAUUGAGCUGCCCCCUCAGGCCGACCCCAACUCGAUGGACGACGGCUCGCAGCAGACUCCUCAUUUCGACCAGGCACGCCCACGGUCGCGCACUCGCGCACGCGAGUUGGCUGUCGAGGGUUUGGCCGAGGCCGCCGAAUCGCGCGCCGUCGCUCGCAGCCGCAGCCGCUCCGUCACAGGUCUUCGCGACCAAGCGCAACAAGCUGUUGCUGCUCGCCUCAUGGCCAAGCACCAGCGCCCCGCAAACAUGGAGGCACGCAAGGGCGAGGGCGAUCGUGUCAUUCUCAACGAGAGGCCCAAGCAUUUGUUUGCCGGCAAGCGAAAGUCUGGCACCCACGACCGUCGUUAGAGCCUUUUCUUUCUUGUAUCUUUUCAUUUCUGUAUUUUUUUUCUUCUUCUUCCUCGUUCUUGCUCUGUUACUCAAUGCUUCUGUUUUGUUGUUGUGUUUUCCCCCCAUCAAAUUUUUCAAACUGCAUUCGUUCAACGUCCUUCCUGGAGUGUGUUCGACAAAAACAAUAUAACCCCCACUUCAUUCAUCAUGAUUUUCGACGUGAUGGCUGAAGCGCAAGCAGCAACUGAAACGUAACGAAGAUCUAU